UCACAUGAACAACCGAGACACCACAAGUUUAAUGACAGACGUCGUCAUUACCUCGCCUUAAGCGGCAGGUGCCAUGAUCUUGGCUUCCCUGCAGGGAUUCCCCUGCAUCCACUGUAUCAUUUCCGAACCCGUGUUUUUCAAGUCACUGUCAAAUUCAGUGUGGCCACAAUGUCUCUUUAGUUAUUAUUGAAGGAACUUGCUCAGCGAGAGAAGAUCGGUGGAGACGGACCUCGCAAAUAUCCGUUUUCAAAUAGCUGAAAGUUCAGGAAAGAUGUCUGGGUCUUCGGUUUCCAAGGGCAGAGCCAGGCCGAGUAGGCCUGAUCGGACAAGGCAAACCAGGGUCGCUCCUCAGUUCUGCUGACAAACCCACGCCGGCGGCGCCCGCGUUGUCCCCCUAAGGCACGCAAGCCCAAGGCUGCCCCCUGGCGUCGGGUAGUGCGCCCUCCGCGCUCGCGCCCUGGAGCCACCGCGCGCGAGCGGCCGGGGCUCCCCCUUGGCUCCGGACGCGCGCCGUCGCCUGGCAACAGCGGACGCAGAGCCGGGGACGCGGAGCCAGCCCUUGGCUCUGAGCUCGGCUGCAGCCCGGGUCCGCCUCUGCCAUGACCUCCAAACAAACGAAAAAGAAAGAGGUGCAUCAUAUCAACUCGGCGCACGGAUCGGAUAAGUCCAAAGAUCAGUAUCCUAUAGGCGGUAAGGUACAGCCUGUUUCCGGUGAACAGAGGAAGGGGAAAUUCCCCAUCUGGCCAGAAUGGAGUGAAGCUGACGUAAAUGCAGAAAAGUGGGAUGCAGGCAAAGCUGGAAAAGAAAAGGACAAAAUGGGAAAAAGCCCAGUAUUUCAUUUCUUUGAAGACCCUGAAGGAAAGAUUGAACUACCACCAUCAUUGAAAAUUCAUUCCUGGAAACGUCCACAGGAUUUUUUAAUUAAUCGGGCUCCAGUAGUUGUGGAAAAUGAAACCCUCUUUGACUUGUUUUCAGCAAACGAACACCUACUCCGCAGUGAGCUGAUGAGAUGGAUUAUCAGCGAAAUUUAUGCAGUGUGGAAGAUAUCCAAUGGGGAUGUUUUGAGUAAUUAUUUUAAAAGCACUUCAGGAGAAACUCCUCUUCUCAUUUGGAAGCCCUGGGAACACAUAUACUCCCUGUGCAAGGCUGUGAAGGGUCAUAUGCCUUUGUUCAAUAGCUAUGGAAAGUAUGUGGUGAAACUUUACUGGAUGGGUUGCUGGAGAAAGAUUACUAUCGAUGACUUCCUACCUUUUGAUGAAGAUAACAAUCUAUUGCUUCCAGCUACAACUUACGAAUUUGAACUCUGGCCAAUGCUUCUGUCUAAAGCUCUCAUUAAGCUGGCAAAUGUUAACAUCCAUCCAGCAGAGAGGAGUGAACUGGGAGAGUUCACAGUUAUUCAUGCCCUCACAGGAUGGUUACCAGAAGUCAUUUCUCUCCACCCAGGAUAUAUGGACAAAGUUUGGGAGCUCUUGAAAGAGAUAUUACCCGAAUUUAAACUGUCAGAUGAAUCCAACUCUGAAAGCAAGGUAGCUGUGAUAGACAACAAAUUAAAAGAACCCAGGAAAGAAGUGAAAGAUGGCAAAGAAUUCAAACCUGAAGAUUCAGCAACAGCACUGAAAUUAUCUGAGAAAAGUGAUAAAGUUCCAAAGGGUUCGUCAGCAGCACAGUCUCCUCACAUGAUUGUAUAUGCUACCUUUACACCUCUCUAUUUGUUUGAAAAGAAGAUCUUUUCAUUAGAGAAGAUGGCGGAGUCUGCUGAGAAACUUAGGGAAUAUGGCCUUUCCCACAUCUGUAGCCAUCCUGUGCUGGUGACCAGAACUAGAUCUUGCCCCCUUACAGCGCCACCGAAACCACCCCCUGUUCCUCCCUGGAAACUAUUUCGUCAAAAAAAAGAAACUGUUAUAACAGAUGAAGCUCAAGAAUUGAUAAUAAAGAAGCCUGAACAGUUUCUUGAGAUUUCAAGUCCAUUUUUCAAUCACAGAAUGACUCCCUUUACAAUUCCAACAGAAACUCAUUUUGUACAAUCUUUUAUUAACAAAAGGGUGCCUCCACGAUCUGAUUUAUUUUCCAUUGCUGAAAAUGAUGAAAACUUAACCCAAAGCCAGCCAGACUUAAGUCUACCAACAAGAGCUGCAUCUCAGGGUAAUAUUGCUUCACAACUUGUAGUGGAAAAAGAUGAACCAACAGACCUUGGAUUGAAUGAAGUAGCCCAUCGAGCUGAGGGAUUUAAUUUGGAGAGAGAUUUGCUCAGCCAGACAACAGCCCCACAGGAAAAAUCACAGGAGGAACUUACAGCAAUAAAUACUGCUAUUUCUAAGGAAAUGUGGUUAGAUUUUGACGAUUUUUGUGUAUGCUUUCAGAAUAUAUAUAUUUUCCACAAGCCAAGUUCAUAUUGCCUUAACUUUCAAAAAACAGAAUUCAAGUUCUCAGAUGAACGUGUGUCCUACUCUCUAUUUGUGGAUAGUCUAAAACCUAUCGAACUUCUGGUUUGCUAUUCUGCAUUGGUAUGCUGGGGAGAAUCUGGAGCUUUAACAAAAGACAGCCCCCCAGUAGGGCCUGGACUACUUACAGCGGAAACAUUUUCUUGGAAAUCUCUGAAGCCACGUGAUCUCGUUCUGAAGAUUCACACAUACGCUACCAAGGCUAUAAUGCUUCGCCUGCCCAUUGGGAGACACAUGCUUCUCUUCUCUGUGUAUGCCCCGGUAGGACAUUUCCUGCACAUCUGCAGCACGGUGACGUUUGUCAUUGGGGAUGAAGAUGUCGUGCUUCCCAACUUUGAGCCGGAAAGCUACCGAUUUACAGAGCAGUCUCUAACAAUUCUGAGAGCUGUUGGCAAUGUGAUUGCUAGUUUCAAAGACAAGGGUAAACUUCCUGUGGCUCUGAAGGAUCUGCAAACAGCUCACUACCCUGUACCCCUGCAGGAUAAAGAACUGACCGCACAGCACUUCAGAGUUUUCCAUAUUUCUUUAUGGAGUUUAAUGAAAAAAGUUCAAGUAACAAAACCCACUCCUAACUUAAAAUUUGCAUUCCGUGCUAUGGUUUUGGACUUGGACCUGCUUGAUUCAUCCUUGGAAGAGGCGUCUUUAGCGGAAUGCAUAGACAUUAAAUACAGCAUGCCAGUGAGUGAUAAAGAUUAUUCUCCCUUGGAAGUAGCUGCAGCAACUAAAAUUCAAGCUCUGUGGAGAGGGUCUUAUGUCCGAUUGCUUAUGAGAGCCAGAACACCAGACACGAAGGAAAAUGACUACGUUGCAGAUACUCUUCAAAAAGUUUGGGCUCUGUUAGAAAUGAAUAAAGAACAGUAUGCUAUUUAUCUCUUAAGACUCAUGUUUAAAAGCAAGUGUAAAUCUAUUGAAUCCUAUCCAUGUUAUCAAGAUGAAGAAACUAAGCUUGCUUUUGCUGACUAUACUGUGACUUAUGCAGACCAGCCACCAAAUAGUUGGUUUAUAGUAUUCAGAGAAACAUUUUUGGUUCCUCAAGAUAUGAUUUUGGUUCCUAAAGUAUAUACUACACUUCCAGUCUGUAUGCUCCAUGUUGUUAACAAUGACACUAUGGAACAGGUGCCUAUGGUGUUCCAAAAAGUGGCACCUUAUCUUUAUACCAAGAAUAAGAAAGGAUACACAUUAGUGGCUGAAGCAUUUACUGGUGACGCGUAUGUACCAUCUUCACACUGGAAAUUGCGCCUCAUCGGUCCUUAUCAUCCACUCCCCUGCCUCUCUCGAGACAGUGCAUGCAAUGCUUUUGCCAUAAAGGAAAUCAGAGAUUACUACAUACCCAAUGAUAAGAAAAUUCUGUUCAGGUACUCAAUUAAAGUUGCAUUACCACAUCCUGUUACAAUACAGGCACACACAUCCAAACCAGAUGUGUUCAUCAAAUUACAGAUCCUAGAAAAUGAAGAAACUAUUGUUAGCUCCAUUGGAAAGGGCCAAGCUAUAAUCCCAGCAAUUAACUUCAUGGGGAGCGAAAAUGCUUUGAGCUCCCAGUCUAGCAAGCAAAUUCUUUCAAGUAAUGCUUCUUUCAAGAAGGAGCAAGAAAUGUCCAUUAAGAAGAAAUCUACCCUGGGAAGUCAGAAAUCCUUUAAGAUGAGACCUGAAAGUGCAAUAAUAGACACUGGUCAGCCUAUCUUGGAAAAUGAAACUACCAGUGUGCCAAUUAUAGAAGAAAAUACUGUCACACCACAGCAGAUUUCCAAAUAUAUUAUACAGUGCUCAGUUUUGUACAACAGUUGGCCUCUCACUGAAAAUCAGCUGGCAUUUGUUCAAGCACUAAAGGACUUAGAGAAAAAUGAUAGCAAAGCUCAUGGAGAGAAACAUGAGGAAUUAAUUCACUUGGGGAGAUCAGAUUCCCAUACUUUCAGUGAGGGGCAAAAAUCUUCAGGAACUUUCAAAUCAACAAGAAAAGGCAAAGAAAAGUCUUCUGAGAAAGAAAAGACAGCCAAAGAAAAACCAGCACCUCGUCUGGAGCCUCAGAUGUCUGCUGCUCACCUUCAACAAGAAAACCCAAAUAAACCCUACUGGAUUCUGAGGCUGGUCACUGAGCACAGUGAAGGAGACUUUUUUGAAGUAAAAAAAGACACAGAACGAGCCGAUGAAAUCCGAGCCCUGAAACAAGCCUGGGAGACGACCGAGCCAGGCAGAGCAGUCAAGGCUUCUCAGGCUCGUCUACAUUACCUCAGCCGGUUCAUUAAGAAAAUACCAGAGGCAGAGAGUGUGACUGUAUCUGACAGCCAAACUAAAGCCAUGGACGAAGUAGAAACACCUGCAAGUGCCUUAAAAGAGUCAGACGCAAAGAGUCCCAUGAAUUUAGAGAGUACAGAGGGCGCCUCAUCCGGGAUCGUGCUGUGGAAGAAGUGGCAAAUCACCAAGGGCUUGAAGGAUCUGGCAAAAUCGCUUAUCAGUGAAAGUGGAGGAACACCCCUGGUGGGGAAGGAGGAGCGUGAGCAGAGCGGAAGAAAAACUCAUUUUUUAACAGGGCCCUGUUCACGAUCCCCAACAAUUUUGGAUAUGUCCCCACGACUUAUUCGAAAAGAGCUAGAAUGUGUAGACUUAACUCAAUAUGUAAGAAAGACGAGAGCUGAGCCCCUGCUGCAAACAGAGGAACUGAAUCAGCAGCAGGCAAUGCAAAAGGCAGAGGAGGUCCAUCAGUUUCGACAGUACUGGACCAGAGUCCUUAGCGUUCGAGGCACUGACCAAGAAGAACGUUUUAAAUUAAAGGAUGAAGUCCUAGAGAUGUACGGGGAAAUGCAGGACUCCUUAGAUGAAGCCCGACAGAAGAUCUCCAAUAUCCGGGAAGAGUAUAGAAACAAGCUGCUGGAAGCUGAGCGCCUAAGGUCGGAGGCCCUGGCUGCAGAGGAGGCAGCUGUCCAGGCGGAGCUGGAAAAGAAGAUCCCGGCUCCUGACACACAGACAAAAAAGAAAGGAAAGAGAAAGUAGCAAGGAGAUGUCCAAUACUACCCUUCUUCAAUCGAAAACAGAAAUUUUCCUACAUCUUAGAAAUAGUUUAUCUCUUUUAAUGUUAAUUUGUUAGGUUUUCUCAGAAAGCUAUUAUUUGAAGAAGUCAUUAGAGUUUAAAUUUUUCUGACUUGAACAAAAAUUGUCUCAAAAAUAUUUAGAAGGCAAUAAAAGAUAUGUGUCUCGCCCUGGAUUGCUGCAUUUUUUGUUAGUAGUAAAGAUCCUAAGCGAGCAAACAGGAUUGCCUUUAAAAAAUUCAACAAUGAGGACAGUAGCUAUUGUUCUUAGACAAACUAUCUCUAAAGACUUAAAAAUGUUAAAAGUUAUGCUUCACUUUUUUUUUUUUUAACCUGAACUUUCAUAAAGCUCCCUCCCUGGGCAAGAACUACUGUGGGUUAAGCCCACCUGAAGUGUUAGCAUUCUAAAUCCUAACAGUCUGUCGGGUAACCCAGACAUCGAGAAUGUGAUCCCACAUAUGUUGUCAUGGGUAACGGUACCGCAUUUUUUGUGGGACAGAGAACAUGGUCUUGUAUCUGGUUUUAGAAAAAUGCAAUGAGUGGAUUUAACUGAGGCGCAUAGUAGGAAACUGGGUUCUCCCAAAGGUACACUGUCAAGUCAUGACUUUCUCAGGUGAAAACUCCCAUAGUAUUGUUUCAGCCAGCCAAAGCUGUUUCACUUUGAUAGAUGAUUUUCCUUUUUUCAUUUAUUUAGAUCUUUAUUAUUAAAAUGUUUAAUUCUUUAGAUAUGUGUAUAUAUAAUUUUACCCAAUUAAAUAUGCAAACAUAUGUAUUUUUCCUCUUCUACACUCUGCCUGCACUUUCCUCCAGAACCCUAUGAUCUCCCAGCUGCACCCCCACCAAAUAAUAGAUGGUAAUGACCUAGUAUGAAUGUUUUCAUAUUUUUCACUCACAUAAUCAAUCAUACAUCAAUGUUUUAUAUAUUUGCUUGUUUUACAAAAUGGCAUUUUAUUGUCUAUACUUCAAAUCAUACAUCAAUGUUUUAUAUAAUUGCUUGUUUUACAAAAUGGCAUUUUAUUGUCUAUACUUCACUGUAUCUGAAUUUUUCUCACCAAACAAUACAAAAUCUGAGUCAAAAGUAAUUCAUUCUUUUUAAUUGUUAUGUAAUAUUCCACAGCAAAAAAUAUACCAUAAUUUAUUCAGCCAGUUCUCUAUUGAUGAAUAUUUACCUUGUUUCUAGAUUUUUCCCAUAAAUUAUCUAUUGAAAGUAUGUGUGUGUGUGCACACCUGUAUCAGGAUAUUCACGUAACAACAUUGGUAUUAUACACUCUCUUCAAGUUAAAGCAAGUUAAAGUUCAACUGCAAGCAUA